AUGAAUAAGAAGCUUUCAAGAAACACAGAGAUUGACACAAGAGCACCAUUUAGGUCUGUCAAAGAGGCUGUCUCGUUAUUCGGAGAUAAAGUUUUAGCCGGUGAGCUCUACGCAAAUGUAACCAAACUCAAACAUCAGAUACACGUUGGAGCAAAUGAAAAUGAGGCUGAUCAAUCUUCAAGGAUCGAAAACGUUGCAGCCGAGCUAGAAGAGACGCGGGAGAAUCUAGAGAAAGCUAAAGAAGAAAGCAUGUUAAUGGCACAUUGUAUGUCAUCUCUUCAAGAAGAACUCGAACGCACGAAGCAAGAACUCGAACAUUUGAAGCAACGAGAAACAGAAAAACAUCAAGUGGAACCAUCAGAAACCGAGGACGUGAAGUUCGUGGAGAAUUUAAACACGUUUGAAGUGAAAAGUUCAAGAUUCGACGACGAAUUAAUGAUGGAGUUUCAAAAGAAACGGUACGUGACAUUCGCGAAUCCGCCGUCUGUUUCUCAUGUCAUGUUGCCACAAAAUCAAGGUGUUGAAAAAUUGGAAAGGCACCCUUCUCUUAGAAAGAAGAAGAAGAAGUCAUUGAUUCCACUUAUUGGAGGCAUUUUUUCUAGGAAAAAGGGAACAAGCCAAGAAGUUGCAUGA